AUGGAAGACCAACUCACAGCACUUGUCCUUGUAUUCGCUGUCAUACGCAGUUCUACCGCUAGAAAAUGCGUCAAAGUCGGAAAGUCCCCACAGUCAAAGGCCUCUACAAGGCUCGCCAGUGCUCGCGAGCGUUUCGCACAAGGCCUAGUAAUCACCGACUAUUCAGUAACAAAAUUACUAUCAGCGCAAUACCAGCCCGAAGGAGUUAUGGAAUCGUCGAGAAUUAUAGCUGGGUUUGAUGUCCUCCCGAGUCAAGCUGGUAGGCAGAUCCUCCAACGUUCGGCACGAGAUCGGACUAUUCGCACUGCUCCACUAAUGAAGCCCUCAUCUCUCAUGCGCCCGUCUAGCAGGACUACUGCCAGAGUUAUUGAACAUCACACGUGCAAACAGUACCUUAUCUCAUCGGAAUGGCUAUUGUACCAUCCAUGGAGUGCUAGAGAGCAAUCACCGAGGAAUUUUGACGUGCUAUCGCAUAGCACUGAAGAGGAGUUCGAUGAGCAUCUUCUGUAG